AUGGAUGAGGAUUUAGGAAGUUGUCCCAGUAUCAUCCAGGCAGGGAGCAGCGGAGGAUCCUGGGACAGAACCCGACUGAAGAUCCCGGGUGAGGAGGACACCCUUAGCUCACAUGCUGAGCACCAGCAGUUCAGGCAUUUCCACUACCAAGAGGCCGAAGGACCCCGAGAGGUUUGCAGCAAACUCCACCGUCUUUGCCACAAGUGGCUGAUGCCAGAGCGACACACUAAGACUCAGAUCCUGGACUUGGUGAUCUUGGAGCAGUUCCUGGCUGUUCUUCCACUGGAGAUGGAGAGCUGGGUGAGGGAGUGUGGAGCAGAGACCAGCUGUCAGGCUGUGGCCCUGGCUGAAGGUUACCUCCUCAGCCAGGCAGAGGACGAGAAGCAGAGAAGGCAGCAGGUGAGAGUGUUUAUCCUGGUACUUCCAUAUGAUUGUCAACCCUUUUCAGGAAAGCAUCCAAGGAUAUCCGGUAACCCUGAAGGUUUCUUCUUCUCUCAUUCCUUCUUUUUAUUCUUCUUCCCAUUUGGUCUUUUGAAUCUUUGUUGCUCUUUCAGGGAAAAGAUCUAUUUGCAAAAAUGGAUGUUGAUUUCUCCGAGUGGGAGAGGACUCCAUCAGACACCAGACAGAGGCCACCGGGUAAGGGUUGAUGGGAUCCAUCUCAAUAUGGUCCCCCAAAUUCUAAUGUGA